AUUCGAGUGCCGUGAAACUGUGCGCUUGGAUAAAUUACUAAAUUAAAACAUGUUUCUCGCCAAUUUUCGUACGAUAAACAACAAAUUUUAGGGACAGAGUGUGAAUACAUCAAACCACAACUUUGAUAAACUCACGCCAAUGUCAAAUCACUAUGAUAUUCCAUCUUGGGCCGGAAAACCACCUACCGGUCUGCAUCUGGAUGUGAUGAAGGAGGACAAGCUCAUCCAGAAGCUGAUGAUCGAUGAAAAACGCUGCUACCUGUUUGGACGCAAUCCGCAGAUGAACGACUUCUGCAUUGACCAUGGUUCCUGCUCACGCGUACAUGCCGCAUUCGUCUAUCACAAACAUCUUCACAUCGCCUACUUAGUCGACCUGGGCAGCACGCACGGUACGUUCAUCGGAUCGGUCCGUUUGGAGGCCAACAAACCAACGCAGCUGCAGAUCAACAGCCAGUUUAGCUUCGGCGCCUCGACACGCCAUUACAUACUGCGGGAGCGGCCUACAGUUGGUUCACGCACGAACAUCAUGGAGGAUAUACCGAUGAUGGACAUAAGCGACGGCACCUUUCUCGGGUUGCCAGAAAGUCAAACCGAGCUCGAUAAUCUCACCGAGUACAAUACCGCACACAAUCGGCGCAUUUCGAUGUUGGGAAUAUCCGACGACGGUGGUACCGUGGGCGGUGCGGGCGGUACCGGUGGACCGGGCGGCAACAGCGGUAGCUCGUAUAAAAAAAGCAAACGAAACAAACGGAAAGGCGUUGCCUUUAAUGAGGAUGAAAUUAUUAUUAAUCCUGAGGACAUUGAUCCGUCGAUUGGACGCUUCCGCAAUCUUAUCCAAUCCACCGUGGUGCCGGUAUCGGCGAAACGUGCCAAAAUGGAGGUACAAAACAAUAUGGGCAUCGUCACAUCGCCGACCGGUGGUAUGAAAACCGGCGCCUUCCAUUUACACACGCACCAUUCGCUGGCGGGUGUGCACGGUCAGCAUAAUCCUAAUGUGACGCCUAGUCUUUAUCACGGAAUCGAUCCAGUUGAUGGGGGAGCGCAUGGCGGUGGUAGUGGUGGAGGUUCGGGUGGAUCGGAUGGGCGUGGGUUCGGAAGCUUCGAUAUGGACACGACACCGAGCGGGUUGUCUACGAAGCUAGGCAUUUUGUUGCCCAAUCCGGCACCGGAUGUGAACCCGACACCAGUCCCGGUACGAGAGACUGCCACGGUUCCAAUGUUUGCUGUGCCGGGUGGAACCGCUUCCGGUGCUGGUGGUGCCAUCAGUAAUAAUGCUAAAGCGGGCGAGAAACAACCCGACACGUCCGACGAACCCAAGAAGAAGAAAUAUGCCAAGGAACAGUGGCCUGGCCGAAAACCUCUCGGUUUGGGUAGCUUUUAGGAAACUAAUAGAAGCAGCAGUACGCAACUUAGUGUGGUACAAUUUAUUCAUAACAACUCAUUAUAGUUUUAAGCGCCUCAUCCGAGAUUUGUUCGGCUGUACCAGGUUUGACAGGUAGGCUGAUAUAUUUGCAAGACAUGAUACAAAGAAUUACUUUGAGAAAUAAAACCGGAAA